AUGGAUAUCGAUAGCAACGAUAUUGUUGCAAAACAAACAAAGAGAAAAGAUUACCGUAAUGAUGAUUGUACAAACGAUAUGGAUAUAGUUACAGAGAAGAAACAAAAAAUAGAUGUACUCGAUCAAAUAAAACUAGCUGUACAGUUAUGUUUUGAAAAUACAAAGAAAGAGAAAGCUGCUCAACAGGAGGAGGUCUACAGUCAACUGUUUAAAAGAUCGAUCGACGCACACUCUGAAAAUGGUGAAACUAUCGAUGGCGUUUUUUUCAUGUUGGAAUCACACGCCAAAACCACAAACACUAUAACUGUGGGUUCCAUACCGUUUAACGUGACAAUCGAUAUCUAUAUCAAUAUUCUAAAGAGUUUAAUCGAUGAAACAACACUAGUGGUAGACAUAACAAAACCUAUUGCAAAUAUUCAACUAUGGCAAUGUAUAUCGUAUCAAUCGAAAAUUAGUCUAUUAUACAGAUCGAUGGAGUUAAUUGGCAAAUACCCGAUAUUACAAACAUCUCUGAUACCUUUGGUCAUACAAUUAUAUAAUCAAUACAAUAAUGAAAUCAGUGAAUAUAGAGAUCUAUUAAGAAAUAUAAUCGCUAGCUAUAUUCAAAGUGAUAGCUAUAGUUUACAAAUGGUAUUUAUUUCUAUCAUUUCACAAAUCAUUAAAAACAAUCCAUCGGCUUAUCAAUAUGUCGACGAUAUCACGUCAUCGCUGACAGAGAUGGUUCAACAUAGUCUAGAGACAGAUGGAUAUGAAUCAUUGGAACUGUUGAAACAAUUCAUCAUAGUUAUAACGAGAUGUGAUAUAGAUUCACCUGAACUAGUAGUAAGCUUGGUUGAUACUUUACUUAAAUAUCCUCUGAACGAUGAAGAGAGUUUUGAUAGAUUAAAAAUCUUUAUUUUCGAUAUGUUAACAUCACAAACAUUAGAGACAAAAUCUGUUGUAUUGUUUAAUGAUACCGUAUCAACUUUUCUUAAUACAAAAGAAAAUCUAACAACACCGAAAGCAAUACAGUUGCUACAAGAGUAUUACAGAUUAAUGUUUGUUUGGGCAUCUUAUAUCCCUGAGAAUUUCGAUAUAGAAGCAUGGAAAUUGACUAGUGGUGAUUUAGAGAGUUCCGAUAAACAAAAGAGUUCACUUUCAUCUUUAGAUAAUAUCGGCGCGUAUGGUGAUGCUGUGCUUCUUUAUCAAGAGUUUAUCAAGUAUUGGAAUAACGCAAUGCUACCAUGCAACCAGGAUCAAUGGCAACUAAUAAUGAAUGUAUCUCAAAUAUUCUUAAUCAUCUACGAACAUGUACAUAAUUUAGUUGGACCAAAUGUAUAUAAACAAAUUUUAAAAGUAUUUAAAGAUACUACAUAUCCACCGAUUAUAAAGUUUAAUUUCGUCGCAUUGAUGUCACAGAUGAUGAAUGACAAUCGAAAUGAUGACGAGAUGUCAGAGUUGUUCUUGGAUGCUAUGUUGAGUGAAAAUGUCGUUGAGGUGGUGGUGCAGUCACGUCUUCUCAAAGCGAUUUCCGAUGCUUUUGCCGAUCGACGACCAGAGGUGUUGGAAAUGUACAAACCACGAUUGUUCCAAUACAUAGAGCCAUACUUUAAGUGGGAUCAACAUCCCGAUAACAUAGAGGGUGCCAUCAGUGUACUCACCGGUAUUAUCGAUAUCAUCCCAGACAACGACGAGAAAGUGUUCUUCCUACGUGACCAAUAUCUACCUUUGUUCUUAAAGUUACUGGAACAUAGUUUUAGUAAUAAUAAUAAUAACAACGAUAACAAUAACAAUAAUAUUCAUGGAUCAAAUAUAAAAGGUAGAGUAAUCGAAGCAAUAAGUAUGCUAUCUCUAUCUUUAAAGAACGAUAGUUCUUUCGAUGUCUAUGUAUUAAAAACAUUGGAUCUCUUUUCGAAUGAAGAUAUAUCGGUGGAUACUAGAUUCUCGGAUUUCUAUUUGAGAGCGUUGGUGCGUUUUGCUCAGAGGUUGGAGUCGAGAUUCGAACCUUAUCUACCGUUGACCAUUAGACAUAUAAUGAAGAUUUUGACAUACGAUUUGGAUCCCGCCAAUCAUGUCAAGGUGCGAGAUAUCAACAUCGGUGUUGAAUCUACUUCCGGUGCUGGGAUGGUGCACUCAUUUGGAGAUCAAUCCCUACUUGGAUACUCUCAGUACAUGGAGCUUCAUUGUAUAAUCACCUCUAGACUAGAAAAGUCUAUUCAAAUUGAACCACAUCCUGACAUUGAACAAAUCAAACAUGGUUUAUCAACCACUGUCUUGUCUGAUUAG